AUGUCUGCGAUUGGAGGAAAAGUCGGGGCGAGUGCGCAGGGGCAGAAGGCGGCGACAGACGAGAAGAAUAGCGUCGUGCUGAAGGUCGGGAUGGUUGGCGACUCGCAAAUCGGCAAGACCUCCUUGAUGGUCAAAUAUGUCGAGGGCUCGUACGACGAAGAUUACAUCCAGACACUCGGCGUCAAUUUCAUGGAAAAGACCAUCUCGAUCCGAAAUACCGAGAUCACCUUUUCGAUCUGGGACCUCGGCGGCCAGCGCGAGUUCGUCUCGAUGCUACCGCUCGUCUGUAACGACGCCGUCGCCAUCCUCUUCAUGUUCGACCUGUCGCGGAAAAGCACGCUCAAUUCCAUCAAGGAGUGGUACCGGCAGGCGCGAGGGUUCAACAAAACCGCCAUCCCUUUCCUCGUCGGCACGAAGUACGAUCACUUCAGCACGUUCUCGCAAGACGAGCAGGAAGAGAUCACACGACAGGCGAAGCGGUUCUCAAAGGCGAUGAAGGCGCCCCUCAUCUUUUGCUCAACAAGCCACUCGAUCAACGUGCAGAAGAUCUUCAAGAUCGUGCUGAGCAAGGCGUUCGACUUGAAGUGCACGAUUCCCGAGAUCACCGAUGUCGGCGAGCCUUUGCUGAUAUAUCUAGACGUCUGA